UUCUUUACAUACUUCCUCAAGUUUCGAUCCAAAAAAAAAAACGUACUUCCUUAAGGAAUUCCAUAUUUGCAAAACACAUCCUUCAAGAAUUCUCGAAUCCCAUCUCUGUUUCGGAAUUGGGAAAUACAUUCUUCUGGAAUUCUUGAAGCCGAUCACUGUUUCUAAUUAGGGCCUCCUUAUCGAGAAUUUCAUGGAUACGAAUAACUGGAGGCCUACUCCUCCUAGUGGAGAGCCCAGCAUGGACAGUGGUGAUUGGAGAACCACUUUGCAGCCUGACUCACGACAAAGAAUUGUCAACAAGAUAAUGGAUACAUUGAAGAGGCAUCUUCCAUUUUCUGGGCAAGACGGUUUAAGUGAACUUAGGAAAAUUGCUGUGAGGUUCGAGGAAAAGAUUUUUACAGCUGCAAGCAGUCAGACUGAUUAUCUGAGAAGAAUAUCGUUGAAGAUGCUUACAAUGGAGACCAAGUCUCAGAAUACCAUGCCCAACACUGGGAAUAACAGCAAACCACCUGAUCCAGGUUCUCAGGGCAUGCAGAACCAAGUUCACAGUCAAGGACAAUCAGUUCCUAUACCAUUACAAUGUAAUCAGUCUCAAGCACAUCAACAACUGUUACCCCAGAGUGUUCCGAAUAACAUGGCAUCUGCUGGAGUUCAGAGUUCUGCUGGUUUACAAUCUGGAAUGCCUCCUGUAUCUGGUCUAUCUCAGAAUCCUAUAUCUAAUGUUGUUGGACAGAAUUCCAACAUCCAGAACAUGUCUGGAAUUUUGCAGAACUCAAUGGGGCAAGGAAUGCCUUCCAAUAUUUUUGCUAAUCAGCAGAGGCAAAUGCAAGGAAGGCAGCAGGUGGUUCCUCAACAGCAGCAGCAACAGCUAUAUCAUCAGCAGCUGCAACAAACACUUAUGAAGCAAAAGAUUCAACAGGGGAAUCUUCAGUCUUCACUCCUGCAGUCUCACAUGCAGCAACAGCAGCAGCAAAACCUAUUACCUCCUACUCAGUUGCAAUCUUCCCAGCAAUCUGGUAUGCAAACAUCAUCCAUUAUGCAGCCAUCAGCCUUGCAGUCAACUCUUCCUGGUCUUCAACAGAAUCAGCAAUCUUCUCUCCAACAGUCGACACAGUCCAUGCUUCAGCAGCAUCAACAGUCAGUUCUUAGACAGCAGCAACAGCCACAACAGACCACCAGUGCUGGUAUUCAUCAACAACAAACACCAAUGACACAGCAGUCAAUGAUGCCUCAGCAGCAGCAGCAGCAGCACAUGAUGGGGCAGCAGGCAAAUGCUGCAAAUAUACCACAGAAUCAGUUAAUUGGACAACAAAACAGUAUUGCAGACAUGCAGCAGCAGAGACUGCUAGGCCAGUCUAGUAAUCUGCAGCAACAACAGCAGCAGCAGCAGUUAAUGGCUCAACAAAACAACCUUUCAAAUAUGCAUCAGCAACAGUUGGGUCCUCAGAGUAAUAUUUCAGGACUACAGCAACAGCAGCAGCAAUUGGUUGGAACCCAGUCGGGUAACUCAAGCAUGCAAACUAAUCAACAAUCUUUACACAUGCUAUCCCAGCCCAAGGUUGCACUCCAACAAACGCAGCAGACUGCACCUAAUUUACUGCCAACUCAAGGACAGACAUCACAGCAGCCACAACAGCAGCAGCAACUGAUGUCUCAGAUGCAAUCACAGCCUACUCAGUUGCAGCAACAGUUGGGUUUGCAACAGCAGCCCAAUCAAGUACAACAAAAUAUGCAGCAGAGACUUCAAGCAUCAGGUCAAACAUCAAGUUCCUUGCUUCAAUCACAAAAUUUGAUAGAUCAGCAAAAGCAGUUGUAUCAAUCACAGAGAGCUGUUCCGGAGACAUCGUCAACAUCUUUAGAUUCCACAGCUCAAACAGGACAUUCUAAUGGGGGUGAUUGGCAAGAAGACGUCUAUCAAAAGAUCAAGGCCAUGAAAGAGACAUACUUCUCUGAAUUAAAUGAGAUGCACCAGAAAAUUUCUGCCAAGUUGCUGCAGCAUGAUUCUUUUCCACAGCAGCCAAAGUCAGAGCAGCUUGAGAAGUUGAAAAUAUUCAAGACCAUGUUGGAGCGUAUUCUACAUUUCUUAACAGUUUCCAAAGCUAAUAUAGUACCGGCUUUCAAGGACAAGUUGAGUUCGUAUGAGAAGCAGAUACUAAACUUUAUAAAUACCAAUAGGCCAAGGAAGCCUGUCUCAGCUCUGCAGCAAGGACAGCUUCCUCCACCUCAUAUGCAUUCCAUGCAGCAGCCUCAACCUCAAAGUAAUCAAACACAAUCUCAUGAUAAUCAAAUGAAUCCUCAGUUGCAGUCAAUAAAUUUACAAGGUUCUAUGCCAACAAUGCAGCCUAACAACAUGACAAGCUUGCAGCAUAAUACCUUGUCUUCUUUACCUGGGGUUUCAACAGCACAGCAGACCAUGUUAAAUUCGCUGCAACCAGGUUCAAAUUUGGAUCCAGGACAAGGUAAUGCUCUAGGCUCAAUGCAGCAGGUUGCACCAGGAUCUUUGCAACAGAAUCCUGCGAGUACCUCCCAACAGGCAAAUCUUAAUAGUUUGUCAUCACAAAGUGGGUUAAGUGUCCUGCAGCAAAAUAUGAAUCCUCUCCAGUCAAAUUCCAACAUGCUUCAGCACCAGCAUAUGAAACAACAGCAGGAACAGCAAAUUCUGCAGUCACAAAAGUACAAACAACAGCGGCAGAUGCAGCAUCAGAUUAUGCAGCAGAAGCAUCAACUAAUGCAACAGCAGCAGCAGCAAGCAAAGCAACAGCUGCCCACUCAAUUGCAGGCACACCAGAUGCCACAGCUGCAUCAGAUGAAUGAUGUAAAUGAUAUGAAGCAGGGGAUUAGUGUUAAGCCAGGUGUUUUCCAACAGCACCUCCCAGCUGGCCAGCGUCAAACUUAUACCCAUCAACAGUUGAAACCAGGUGCUCAGUUUCCUAUUUCUUCACCUCAACUCCAUCCAGCUGCAUCUCCUCAGAUGCCUCAGCAUUCUUCCCCACAGAUUGAUCAGCAGAGUCUGCUACCAUCUAUCUCAAAAACUGGAACCCCUUUGCAGUCUGCAAACUCACCUUUUGUUGUUCCUUCACCUUCAACUCCCUUGGCUCCAUCACCUAUGCCUGGGGAAUCUGAAAAACCUGCUCCAGGCACUUCCUCUCUCUCAAAUGCUGCAAAUAUUGGACACCAACAAGGAACUGGUGUUCAAGCAGGUUCUCAAUCACUUGCAAUUGGCACUCCUGGGAUAUCAGCCUCACCUCUGCUCGCAGAGUUCACUGAUGGAACUCAUGCUAAUGUUUUGACAACUGUUUCUAGCAAGUCAAACAUUACUGAGCAGCCUCUUGAACGUUUAAUGAAGGCGGUGAAAUCCAUGUCGCCUACUGCAUUGUGUGCUUCUGUAAGUGAUAUUGGCUCAGUUGUCAGCAUGACUGACAGGAUAGCUGGGUCAGCGCCAGGUAAUGGGUCUAGAGCUGCAGUCGGUGAGGAUCUGGUUGCUAUGACAAAGUGUCGUCUACAAGCAAGAAAUUUCAUCACUCAAGAUGGAAUGAACGGGACAAAGAAAAUGAGGCGCCACACUAGUGCCAUGCCCCUAAAUGUUGUAUCAUCUGUGGGUAGCAUAAAUGAUAGUUUCAAACAGUUAACCGGUUCGGAGACAUCUGACUUGGAGUCAACGGCAACAUCUACUGUCAAGAAGCCAAGAAUUGAGGCUAAUCAUGCCCUUUUGGAAGAAAUAAGGGAAAUAAAUCAACAACUUAUAGACACAGUUGUUGAUAUCAGUGAUGAAGAUGUUGAUCCAGGUACGGUGGCAACAGCUGCUGAAGGGGGUGAAGGAACCGUUGUCAAGUGCUCCUUCAAUGCUGUGGCUCUUACUUCAAACUUGAAAUCACAGUACAUGUCAGCCCAGAUGUCACCAAUUCAGCCCUUGCGUCUGCUAGUCCCCACAAAUUAUCCAAAUUGUUCCCCCGUCCUAUUAGACAAGUUCCCAGUUGAAGUCAGCAAGGAGUACGAAGACCUUUCAGUAAAAGCAAAGUCGAAGUUUAGUAUAUCAUUGCGAACCCUUUCACAGCCUAUGUCACUUGGUGAGAUAGCAAGGACAUGGGAUGUUUGUGCCCGAGCCAUUAUUUCUGAGCAUGCACAACAGAGUGGUGGGGGCAGCUUUAGCUCAAAAUAUGGGACUUGGGAGAAUUGCUCGAUGGCUGCAUAGCCAUCUUUGCCGACUCAAUCAGAAUUGUAAACUGGAGUUGUGUCAAUUAUUGAGGACAAGAAUUUGCGACAGCUGCUGUCAUGAGGACCAAAUAAGCAGUUUUAGGAUGCAAAUCUUGACAAUCAAGGAAGCAGCCUCUGGUGUUGUUUUUUGUCAACUCGAGAAAACUCCCACUGUUGGUUCAUGGACUUAUGUCACUAGGCAACAUUACGGUCAACUGUUAAAACCACAACGAAUUGUGUUUAUGCGUAUUGGAGUAGCUAUUAUGGCUUCCCUGCUUUCCUAUAACUGUUAUGUAAGUUCUGUCUACGAACUGUCAUGCAAGUUUUCAUAAACGCGGAACUCUAAUUGUGAUUAUUUAUCAGUACGUGAUUUAUUGUACUUUUUGGCUAAUAAAGUAACUGGCGACUUUACAUAAUACAUAA